UGCUAACCUACCUGACGAGAACGAGGACAACAUCCGAUUCCAGAAGCAUACUUUUGCAAUUCUGUGUCGAUACUCUGCUGAAACUCUGUAACCAAGAGUUCAACGCGCAGGGACUCAGUUGAGCGCGAACUAUCAACUCAUCUUCGAGCCAUGGCUCCUCGCCAGUCCGCGCGAAGGAAAGCGGCGGCCGCAACCACAGAACCCAAAGUCGAGAUCAAGGAAGUCGAACAAGAGACCAAGGUCGUCGUCGCGCAGACGAACGGCAAAAAAUCGCGCACAAUAGCCACAACCGUCGUCAAGAAAGAGACCAAAGUUCAAGUGAAGCGGAAGGCAGAGGACGAGGACGAGGACGAAGCCGAGCUCUCGGACCACUGCAAAAAAGAAAAGGCCAAGGAAGAAAAGGUCGAGCUCCAAGACAUACCCGAGAUAAAGCCCGCUGCAAAGCGACAAAAGACGACCAAGGGAAAAGACCAAGAUACAAUGCCGUUGGCGGAGCGAACCGUGGUGUCGACGCUGAAGAGGGCUAUGUACAUUGGUGCCCACGUCAGCGCUGCAGGAGGCGUUCAAAACUCGGUCGAAAAUGCAGCUCAAAUAGGCGCCAAUGCCUUCGCCCUAUUCCUCAAAUCUCAGCGCAAAUGGGCGAACCCACCACUAGCUCCCGAUGCGCGGGACCAGUUCCACUCCUCAUGCACCAAGCACUCGUACGAUGCCGCCAAGCAUUGCUUGCCCCACGGCUCAUACCUCGUCAACCUAGCACAGCCGGAGAAGGAAAAGGCGGACCAGGCAUACAGCAACUUUGUGGACGACCUCAAGCGAUGCGAUGAGCUGGGCAUAAGGCUAUACAACUUCCACCCGGGCUCGGCGCUAAAGGACACCAAGGAGGCUGCGAUCGGGCGCAUCGCCGCGCAGCUGAACCGGUCGCACAAGGAAACCAAGAGCGUCAUAACAGUGGUGGAGAACAUGGCUGGGAGCGGCAACGUAGUGGGUUCCACAUUUGAGGACCUGCGCGACAUUAUCGAGCUGGUGGAGGACAAGUCGCGUGUCGGCGUGUGCAUAGACACGUGCCAUGCUUUUGCCGCCGGGUACGACCUGCGCACCCCUGAGGCCUUCAAGAAGACGUUUGACGAGUUUGAUCGCAUCGUCGGCAACAAGUAUCUCAAGGCGUUCCACCUCAACGACAGCAAGGCCCCAUUUGGAUCCAACAGGGACCUUCACGCAAACAUUGGCACGGGCUUUCUGGGGCUGCGGGCUUUCCACUCGGUCGUGAACCACGCUCCCUUCCAGGACCUGCCCAUGGUGCUCGAGACGCCCAUCGACAAAAAGGACGCCAGCGGCAAGACUGUCGAGGACAGGCAGGUCUGGGCUGACGAGAUCAAGCUGCUCGAGAGCCUGAUCGAGAUGGACGCUGAGAGUGAUGAGUUUCAGAAGCUCGCAGAGAAGUUGCAGAAAAGCGGUGCAGCUGAGAGGAAGAGGGUACAGGAGCAGGUUGAUAAGAAGGCGGAGAAGGACGCGAAAAAGGCGGCGCCCAAGGGGAAGGCUGUGAAGGGAAGGAAGAAAAAGGCCGAAACAGAUGAGGAUAGCGAGUAAUGAUGACAUUCGAGGACUUAUGUAAUAUUACGAAUGAAGCUGUAUUAAUAAUCAUGUUUACACGCA